AGCCAGCUGUGCGCGCUGCACAGUGGUGUCGCACGCGGCCGGUCCGUCAGGCCAGGAGUGUCCGCGAGCCAGCGCGCAAGCCGCACAGCGCGCGCCUGCGAAGAGAAGCGCAACGUCAAACUGGAGUUAAUAUGCAAAGGGAUUAAGGACUGUAUGCAAAACAAGAAGACAACACUGCUUUUUUUUUAAUUCUUUUCGCUCCUUGGCACAGUUUUACGGUGACAGUACAUACCAGCUGCAAAACCCCUCAAAUGACUCAGCUUAGGUGACUCAGGACUACAUUACUCAGGAAAACAAUUCAAAUGCUUCAUACAGAAAACAUAAUUUCUGAGAAGAAGAGGAAGACACUGGAGAUGACCUCCCAGCAAGGAACAGUAUAGUUUUUGAUUCUGUAAACACAAGGAUACUUUCAGAAGUAAAAGGAUGCAGAAGUCAACUCGAACAUCUCCAGGAAGUGUAAGCACUUCUCGAGGGCCCAGCAUGCCAGGGUCUCCUGCUGCAACUUUAGUGGCAAAGAUGGAUAACCAGGUGUUGGGGUACAAAGAUUUGGCUGCCAUUCCGAAAGACAAAGCUAUUUUGGACAUAGAGCGUCCUGACUUAAUGAUUUAUGAGCCACAUUUUAAUUAUUCUGCACUGGACAAAAUUGAUCUCCCCAGGAGUAGAGAGCGCUCAAUGUCUCCACAUUCCAUAUCUCCUCCACCUUCUCCUGAGAAUUUUGUUGGUAAGGAGCCUCGGGAUUGGAUGGAGCAGAGGUCACCUGGGAGCACUUCUGUGACCUCACUGGUUCAUGGUCGCCCAAGUGUUGUGUCAAAUAAAAGUGGGGUCCAGCACUUUCACAGACCAGAAAAUGGCUCCAACAUAUACAAGAAACCACCCAUCUAUAAACAAAGAGAAUCUUCAGUAUCAGUUCCACACAGCAAACACAUAGAAGAUAUCAUCAUUGAGUCAUCAAAAUUUCCUGCAGCCCAGCCACCUGACCCCAACCAGCCCUCCAAGAUUGAAACAGACUACUGGCCUUGCCCUCCCUCUCUUGCUGUCAUGGAAAGUGAAUGGAAGAAACGCACAUCAUCUCAGAGAACCGGCAAAGAAGAGGAUGAUGAGUAUGAUGACAGUGAUCUCACAGAAGAGAUGAAACAACUCCGGCAUUUACAGAGAAAGGAACUUAACAAGAUCCAAUCUAACCUUGGAAAAUUAAUACUAAAGGAAGAAAUUGAGAAGUCAUUACCCAUCCGACGAAAAACACGGUCACUUCCUGACCGAACACUUUUGCAUUCAGCUUCAUCUUCAAGCACUACCAAAUCUACCUCUCUCCCAGCCUAUGGCAGAAGCAGCCUCAACAGGCUACAGUCUGCUGAAUUCUCAUCUCCUGAAUCUGAGAAAGUCAGUCCAGUUCUUCAGAAUGGAGAGGCACAGAGAGCAAGAAUGGACAGAGGGAAUUCCUUGCCAAGUAUGCUGGAACAAAAGGUUUAUCCUUAUGAAAUGUUAAUUGUAAACAACAGAGGGCGCAGCAGACUUCCUCCAGGAGUGGACAGAACCAGACUUGAGCGCCAUCUGUCUCCCGAGGAAUUUCAACAGUUGUUUGGAAUGAAAAUUAAUGAGUUUGACAGGCUAUCACUCUGGAAAAGAAAUGAACUAAAGAAAAAAGUUUCUCUCUUUUAACUUGAGAAAAAAUAUAUAUUAUAACCAUCACCUUCACAUGAAAACAUGCAAAACAAAACCUUAAUAGGACAGAAAAUCUUUUGCUGAUUUAAAGUCUUAUGACAUAAUUAAUCAUUUAUUCUUAUUGGUAUUUAUUUAGUAAAAGUAAUGAUGCUUUUAAAAUAACAUUCAAGACCUUAUAGAAUAAAGUCACAAGGUGUGGAAUGCUCCCGAGUGAUCUGUCACCUCUACACAUCCAAUAUCUGAAUGUCUGCUAUUCAAAACUACACACAUACAAUAGAAGAAUGUAAUUUUUACUUUACAUUUAACAGAUUCUUCUCAAACAUUUCAUCUUGAAAGAAAAAUAAGUUAUUUGCAUAUAACAAACAAACAGAAAGAAAAACAAAACUGCUCUAAUGCAUCGGACACACUUUCUUCCUUUCCACAGUCCCAUGCUUCUUAAAUUAACAGGGUGUUGUACCUUUUUUAAUUGAUUAUACGUUUCUACAGGAUAUCUUUGAUAUCAUGAACAAGAGAAAUUAAUUUCUUUGAACUAUUGUCCAUAUUAUUAGUUUGGAAUUGGAAUAAAAAAACAUAGAGAUUAGAACCAAUAUUACCUUCCAUUUAAAUUAUUUUUUCUUAAUCUUUAUUUAACUAAUAUGAAUUUUGUUUUUGUUUUCUUCUGUAGUGCAUAGUGCUAUAUAUUGAUGAAAUAUUUGAUUGUGUUGUAAUUUUAAGAGAAACUGCUGUUUUGUUUUAAUUUCAUCAUAAAAGAUACUUCUCUAUGCA